GUUAGAGUUUAGUUUAAAAAUAUGAUACUGAAUUCAAUCUUAGCCACCCGUUUGCGACCCGUAUUAUGUAAUUAUCCAAAACAAAUCCGAAAUAUUAGAUCCUCAAUAAAAAUAGGGAAAGAAAAAUUCCAAUUGUCCAUUGAUGUACGGCAAUUCAAUAAAGAGGAGAUAAGAGUAAAAGCACGCCCUGAAUACGUUAUUAUAGAGGGUAAGCAGGAAAGGAAAACCAAGACAGGGUUCGUUUUGAGACAGUUCGUGAGAAAAUUCAAGUUGCCACAAGGAUGUGAUCCACUUACGAUGCAAUCGAAGUUAUCUGCGGAUGGUAUCCUCACUAUUACUGCCCCAAGGAAGUUCUGUUCAACCUCUAAUCUGCCUUGUGAAACACUAAUACCCAUUUCGUAUUCAGAACCGAAGAAGGAAAAAGAAGAAUCCGUAUUAACGGAACAGAAAACUGACCCAUGCGGCCUUAAGAGUAAUAAACCAUUUUGAAUCAAAAACUAUAUAUU